CGUCGCAACGUGUAUUCACAAACACGUUCCCGCGUUUCUUCGGUGGUUUCCCAGUUCCGCCGUGACAACUUACGUACCGGUUGACAGCCUGCAUUCCGAAACGAACGCAAUGACAUGAACGAACCCCAGGAACUACUCGAGUCAAACACAAAACCUGCCGCAUUGAGCAAUUCAAGAUGGUUUUAGAAAGUAUUUCAAGGAUAAUAAAAGUCCAGCUUCCAGCCUACCUCAAGAGGCUUCCGCUUCCGGAGACCAUCGGCGGAUUUGCGAGGUUAACAGUGUCUGAGUGGCUCCGGUUGCUGCCCCUCCUGGGUAUCCUCGCUCUGCUGGGCUACCUGACCAUUCGCCCAUUCCUGCCUAAGAAGAAGAAGCAGAGAGACAGCCUGAUCAACCUGAAGAUCCAGAAGGAGAACCCCAAAGUGGUGAAUGAGAUAGACAUCGAGGACCUUAACAGUGCAAAUGUCUGUUACUGUCGCUGCUGGCGCUCCAAAACUUUUCCUGUUUGUGACAAGUCACACUUAAAGCACAAUGAGCUAACUGGAGACAACGUGGGACCGCUCAUACUCAAAAAGAAGAUACUGUAAUCGACCACUGAUGGGAGUUCUCCUUUUACCUCCCCUGCCUUGAGUUUCCUUUUCUUAACAAUUUUUUUCCUUGUUUUCUUUUACAAGAACCUCUGUCUCAUCUUGGUGUCAUGUUAAUGUUUUCUUAAAUGAGUCUUUAUUUGAAGUGGUCCUAACGCACCUAAAAACACACAUGUCCACAGUGUGAAUGUGUGAAAAUGUUAUAUUAGUUGUCUUUUUGUGUUCCAUUCUUCACUGUUCACAUACGCUGGUUAACAGAAGAAGCUUUUAUAUGACUGUAAAUUAAAUUUUACUCAUGUUUAGGUC